ACGCAAGACACGGUGGAGGGAGGGUGCACGCGCUGGUGCUCCUGACACAGUACCUUCCCUUGUGAAUGGUGCAUGCCCAAAACAACACUACACUGCUACCCUCUAGAAACCCCCAGGCAGUGCACACGCAAGCGAAAAGAAGGGCCGUGGGGAGAGAAAUAGUAGCAAUAUAGUGGUGGUAUUGACAAACGUUGCAGUAAUGAAUGUAUUGGAGGGACAGGUAACUUCAGGUAAACGUUAGUGUACCUGAGUCAUGCAUCUGGACCUUGUGCCCCACCUGUCCCCGGCCCCCAGGGCGUGACUGAGGCAACUUUUCACACCAAGAGGAAGAGAAAGAAGGAAAGAAACAAGAAGAGUAAAGGAAGGGAGGAAGGAAGGAAGGAAGGAGGUCUGAACAUCAUGCCUCCUCUUCUUCCUCUUCUUUUCCUGCCUCCUCCUCCUCCUCCUGCCCGUCCUCCUCUUCCUCUUCUCGUGGUUUAAGAGAAUGAACAGCCCGCCUUUGGAAGGAGGAGAAGGCCCCUGCGAGAUCCUUCAGGAGGCGGCUCAGAGUGGGCUGACCCUCCUGGCUGGUGGUGGCGGCAGUGGUGGUGGUGGAGGAGGAGGAGGAGGGGGUGGAGGUGGAGGUGGAGGAGGUGGUGGAGGUGGAGGCGGUACAGGUGGAGGAGGAGGUGGAGGGAACGAGAAUGUGGAUCUUGGAAGCGUGGUGUCAGGGCUUGAUGGGGGGCAGGGGGCGCCGAGGGGGAGCACCGCGCAGGACGCCCUUACACUCUUGCAAAGUGAUCUGGUGCCCCAUACCAACUUCACUCAUACCUUCCUUAAGAGCAUCCUGACCUCAAUAGACAGCAAGGAUCCAGUGGUAGCCAAUGCGUGGCUGGAGACUCUACUGGAUGUGAUUGACUUACUGCCACGAGAUGUCAUCCGAGAUGAGAUCCUGUCUCUGGCUGUAUCCAAGGGACAGUCACAGCAGGUGUCUGCCCGACUGGCUGCCUGCAAGCUUAUUGGAAAGAUUGCCACCAAGUUUGAACCUUUUGUGCUCAAGACGGAGGUGGUGGGAGUGGUGCCGAGUCCUAUGCCAGGAUGUGUGUGGGGAGGUGCGCGGCAGCAUGUGCAGCCAGCUGUCAGCAGUGGCCCGUGGUCUUGGUCUGGAUCCCACCAAGACCCAUAUCCUCCCGAAACACGAGUUGGAACACUGGUCCCUCUUGUAAGGAAGAUAUGUGAGAGGGCACUGAGGGUGGAGGAUGCAUCACUGCCUGUCACUGCACACCUCCUUGGCCGCCUGUGUCAUGGCCUUCAUGAUGAACUCACCGAGGAACAGAAGAGCUGGUUUCCUCAACUUCUACUGUACGCUGGCCAAGCUGGGGCUGCCGGACUGCAAGAAGACAGAGUUGCCAAUGCCAGACUUAGUUGCAGAAGUUCGCAGUGGAGAGUAUGGGCUGAGUGUCGCCAGCAGUGUGCCUACAACCUGCCAUGUAUGGUGGCCUUCGCUGGUGGCUCCACCACCUACCGCACCAGCUUGCAUUCUACUGUGUCUUCUCUCCUCACUGAUCCAAGCCACCAAGUGAGGGUUACAGUGGCAGCUGCAUUUCAUCAACUGUGUACACUGGUUGGGGCUGAAGUAGGACUAUUGAAGGAGGGCCUACUGCAGCUGCUGAGGUCUGAGAGCUUGGAGGUGCUGGCAGCCCUCAUCCCCAACCUGCCCAACAUCAUCACCACCAUGCACCGACACAAUGCCAUUGCCCCACAGUCCCCGCGGGGGGAGCUCCUGGAGGUAGUAGGGGCAGUGAAGCAAGGUGAGGAGACUGUCAGCGUCACUAGCAUGUGGAGGGUACAUGCUGAAUGCCUCACUCAGGCUGCAGCUCUUGCUCCUUGCCUGCCACCAGACAUGCUCUUCUCACAGCUGGUUCCCCUCAUGGUGAUCAGAAUGCAGACAGCUAGGCCCAUCCCUUGCCGCCUUGCUGCUGCCAGGACCUUGUUAGUGUAUCUGCAUCACAUGACUUCCACGGAACACCGGGAACACAUCUGCAACACUCUUGUCACUGAGUUCUGUGAUGGGAACAGCUGCCACAAGAGAAUGUUGUUCCUCAGUAUUGCCACAAUGAUCCUUGAAAUGUUCUCAAAGCUGUUCUUUAAGACCUACUUCUUCAGACCACUCCUCUCCUUGCACAAUGACAGGGUGCCUAACAUCAGACUGAAGCUGGUGAUGCUGCUGCCACAGAUGAAAGCCACCCUUUCCCUGCCUGAGGACAAGACCAGAUUGCAGGAAUUAGAGACUGUGGUGGGGAGUCUGCUGGUGAGUGAAGUGGACCGAGAUGUGUCUGCAGCCGUGUCCACCACCAUCACCCUCCUGGACAAGAUUGAGGUGUGCGAGAGUCAGAGAGGUUCUCCUGAGGGGGAGUCAGCAGGACAGGAGACAGAGGAUGAGAGGAAGGAGAAGCAGGAACAGCGGAUCCUUGGAGACACAAAAGCUGAUGAGAAGAAAUCACCUGGAGAAGGAAGCAGGAACGAAGGGGACGCACUGGGUGAGAGGCGUUCAGGGUCCCGUUCCUCCAGUCGCCGCAGCUCGGGGGUGAACCGCCUGCCGCCGUACCUUGAGAGGCGACGCAGCAACUCUCACGCACCCAAGCAGCCGCCCGAUGAACACACCAUCCUUCGUGGUGGACUGAAGGGGUCUGCUGGCCGGCCAUCUGACUGGUCACUGGAUGACGAGGACGAGGACGAGGUGAGCAGCGAGCUGGACCUGAGUGACAUGUGUGAUGAGGUGCUGCUCAGCCCGGAGGAGCCCACUGUAUCUUGGGAGGAACAACUGUCACCCAACUCACCCCCUGCCUCAACCCGUCACCAGGCUCCACCCUCGCCUCCUUCCCCUGGUCCUCCUUCCCAUACAGACCUCCAUCUACCAUCACGGGAAACCAGGGAUCGCCUUGCUGAUGCACGGAAACUGUCUGGGUCAAGGCGGCCUCCCUAUCCUGAGGGCAGUGAACGGGGUGGGGAGGAACUCUCAGCGCGAGAAGUGUUCUGGCUGCGUACAUCACGUCCACGCUGGCGCCGCAAAGUGGCCUCGGCUGACACAAGUCCCGAGGAGCCCCGCCGCCACAGGUUUGGCCGGGGUUGGUCGAUGGAUAACCGAGGUAGCCAUUCGGACACAGAAGACCCAGAGGUGCUGUAUGAGGGGCGGCGGUUACGAGCCCAGGAGACUGCUGCGCCUGCUCCUGGGCCUCAUCCUUCAGCCAGCCCCCCCAGCCCACAUGGGAUGUACACUUGGCCCCCCCAACACACACGUCACCGCCACCAUAGCGCCUCAGAGGGGGAAGACUUUGAGGGAGAGGAGGGACUUCAUCAGUCCCCACCUCAACCUCCAGACUCUUAUCACACCCUUGCCCGGCGCCGUGGCCCCUCCUCUUCUUCCUCUUCUCCCUCCUCUGCUUCCCACUAUCUUGACCCUGCCCCAACCACCCGUUCCAGUGGUGCACCUCGUCGCAGGGAAACUCCAGAGGGAUUUUCAGGCCGUCCAAGUCAGGGGGACAAAACCCCCAAACGACAUCCCAAAAUGGCUGGCGGCCCAGAUUCCCCAGGUGUGUACUCCAGCACAAGCCGAGGUGGGAUGGGACAGAUGCCCUACCAUGGCCACCGUCCCACCCGGCCUCGGGAGCCUGAGGAUCCUUACCUGUACCAUUCCUUGCCUCCCACACUGGCUCCCCAUAUUUAUGCCCCCCCUACCAUGGCAACUCACUUCACCUAUGACACUCCCGAGGAUUACAUCCCUAUGGCCUUCCCCGAGCCAUACAGUCCUGAUCCUUAUCGAGGAGGCGAGCACCAUGCAAGGGAUCCUUACAGCCACUACUUGUAUGAGGAACGGCCUGAGGUGCGCCCACUGGAUCAUCUGCCACAUUCUUUCUUCCUUCUGGAUACAGCAGAGCUAGCCCCAUGGUCUUCACCCCCUGCUUACCCAAUUGGGCCUCUUGGAGCCUCCUGGCUGCAGCAUGGUCUGCACCCUCUUGCUCGUAUCCCUCCCUGUCUCAUUCCUGCCCCCUACUCCCGUCCUCGCCCACCAGGUCCUCUUGCCUCUCCCCCUUGGCGUCUCUCUCAUCCCGUCUCCUUCCCCAGCCUGACGGCGCUCGAUCCAUCCACCGACGAGUUCUUGGUUGAUGCUGGCAUCAGAAUAGAUGAAUCAGUGAUUCGCAGCCGCCUGCCAGGACCCCAGACUCCAUCCCGCUUGGCUCGAUGGCGAGCUGGUGACCGGCCCUACUCAUCUGCCACCCAGGACAGCCUUGAUGCCAAAGGUCGACCCACAUCCCGCUUGCGGCAACCAACUAUCGUGGCAACCAGCCGCAUCCCUGCUCCUCCAGGAUCCCUGGGCCAUAUGCCUGAAGGAUCUGAGUCUACACUCCGCAAAGGUGAAAGUGGUCUGGAGCAGCGGCGUCGUAGUCAGGGUCCUGGAGGAUCUGGUGGUUCUAGUGUAGUAACUCGCUUACGACCACCCCAGCGCCCUGGCCGCCCCACCUCAACGGUGGCCCCUGCUGCUCCCCAUGGCCCCCUCACAUCCCGCACCAAAUCCCUUAGCCACGAGAAUCUGCGAACUUCUCCUUCCCGCCUGGCUCUCCCAUCUUCUCCAACUCUGUCCCCUGGUUCCUCCCGUGCUGCUUCUCCUAACACAUCACCCCAGGAAGAAGGCCGGCCCCGCACCCUAAAUGUAGCUGGGUCACGUCUGCGACAACCACAAGUUCGAACAUCACGGGGUCGUGGUUCACGUCCCACCAGUUGCAGUUCCUCUCCUGGGGGUUCACGUUGCUCCUCCCCAGGACUAGAUGGCCCAGUGGGGGGGUUUGGUCGUGGCAGUCGUAAUGGCAGCCGUGCUAGCAGCACCAGCUCCUCACCAGCCACUUCACGAUGUUCCUCCCCUGCUGGAGAGGAACUACGGCCCAUGGGAAGGGCAACCCAGCACCGGACCAAUCCUUCAUCGGCUAGAAAUGGCUCUUCGUCCUCCCGCCCCACUCGCCAUGGAUCUAACACCUCCUUGCAGGAACAAGUCACCACACCCCCUUCCCCUGGCCCAGCCUCCCGUCAGCCUCACCUGCAAAGUUCAGGUAUCCCCAAGCCCUUGGGUGUAUCCAGGACUAAGUCAGCCACCAGCAAGCUGCCAUUGCCAACACCCAGCAAGAAUUAAGCCAGUUUGAAGUGUCAAGUGCCAGGCCAGUCAUCAUCACUACAAGAAUUAGCCAGCACUGGAUGGGUUGGUUUGGGUAUAGGCAUGAUCAUGUAUACCAUGCCUCAGAUCCCUCUAGUCAGCCAUGGGCUUCAUCUUUGGGUAAUGGGUCAACUGCUUGCUCAUGGAAAGGCACUGCUGAGGACCUGUGAUGCAGGAGCAAUGGCAGUGGUGGUGCCCACACCCCAUCUGGCCUAGUGUGCCCAGUGUGUUGUGUGCUUUUGGGAUAUUGAUCCCUGUAUAUGUUCUUGUCAUGCAGUGUCCUGAAUCUGAGGCCACAUUGUAGGUGUGUUUCUCUGUUGUUUCAGUUUUUAUGGGCAGUGGCACGGCAAUAGGUGGUGGAGGAGGAGGAGGAGGAGGAGGAGGAGGAGGAAAAGGUGAAGGAUGAAGCUCAUGCAUGUGUGAAGCAGACCAUCUUGAUCCAAGAUAGGUUCCAGACAGACUUGAUGCACAGGGAAGGUAUCUACUGGUGUUAUUUAUAACACACACAUACACACACAGCAUACAAUGCAUACUCACACACACACACACACACACACACACACACACACACACACACACACACACACACACACACACACACACACACACACACACACACACACACACACACACACACACACACACACACACACACACACACACACACACACACACACACACACACACACACACACACACACAAAACCUAUUUGGUAGCUUUCACCACCAUGUGCAGUUUAAGGUAGGCAAUAAAGCAUAUUUAAGCUGAACUAGACUAAACAACACCAAUGCAUGUUUGCUGUAUGCUCAGCAAUGUAUUCUAGAUAAUAUUCAAAGCACUGUUACUUAUGCAUCAGAGGGAUUUGUGGUUGGAACUUUGAUUGCAUGGACGUGAGUAUGGUUAAGUUACCUAAUUAUGUGCCAAUGGUUGCUAACAGGCUUGUAGGAAGUGUGAGGUCCCCAUGGAUAUCACCCCAGAAUGUACCUCCUUUUCUUAUCAUGAUUUCUUUGGUGCUUAUUUCAGUUAUUGGAUGCCUAUCAAUACUAAUAUUGCAUCAAUGAGUUGAAUGUGCCCUCAGCACUUCACUCACACUUAUAAUUAAGAGUGAGAGUUUAAGAAGACCAAACAUUUUGAGAGUCAAGGAAUUAUAGUAUAUGAAUAUACUCCAGCACAUGUUGAUACAGACCUGUGUGUGAGUGAACAAAACUAUUCAUUUGACCAGAGCAUCAAAGACCUGCUAAGAUGUGUUUUUCAGAUAAGGACAUCACCAUGAUAAUGUUGAGUGAAGGAGCUUAUUAGGAGCACACUACCUACAUGUGUUUUCAAGACACUGUGGGGAGGACCAAAAAAAAAAAAAGUUAUUGAAAAGCAUCACAAUUUCAUGUCUUACCGUUACUUCGUAAAGUGUAAAUAAAUUGGGCAUAUCUGAAACCUUAAUACAUUACUGCACUUUACUGAAACCAAUAUUCAGCAAAUCUUAACUUGUACUGUCAGUAAUCAAAUAGAUUCAGUUUAAACUUCAGGCAGCUUACCAAAUCCGUUAUUUUGCUAAUCUUAUGUAUAGUGCCGUCAUUUCGUCUUAUACUACCAGAUGAAUAUUAAUCAGAUCUUUUUUUAUGUACUUAUUUAUAUACUGCAAAAAAGAAUUAUUAUCAUGAAUACAUACUGUGAUAUGCCAUAGCCGAGAAAGACUUCAAUUUUCAAGCUUAACAUAAAUUUUGACUACCUCAUCUCACUUUCUCAUUGCAUGGCUUAACAUGGGGACAGAAGACAUGUCAACCAUGACCUACAGAAAUGGACAGAACUUAGCCAUGACCUCAAUCCUAUCAAAGGAAAGCAAAACAAACAUAUCCUUAACAGUGAACUGCAAACCAACCCUACUAACAGUACUAUAUUAUGUAUUCCAAAGUAUUUUAAUGUGACAAGCAGUAUUAAAAUUUAGCAGUGAAGAUGUGUACAUUGAAGUGUGAAAGCAGGAUGUGCAUCGCCAUAUUCAGUUCAGCCCUAUACACUUAUAUGGAUGUGGUGAAUAAUGGUGUCCUGGUUGGUUAUAUUCAUGUUUUGUGAAAAAAAAGUAGCAUUAAAAAUAUGGCCUAAGUAUCCUAUAACAGAGAUUAUUAUAAUUAUCAUUAUUAUCAUAGUAUUAUCACUAUCUAUAUGAACUUGGUGCAGCAAAAGGGUGUUAUGUACUUUAUAUUUCCUAAUAAGAUACUUUCUUCAUGUUCCUUCCCCGAGCUCUGUAGUUGCAGAUGCUCACUGUGGAUAGUGGUCGGCGUUGAUUUAUUUAUACACAGAGAUUUAAAGACAUCUGCAGAUACAGAGUCACUACUAGGUUGUAUUACAAGGAAGUCUUUUAAAGAAUGCGCCAGCACCUCAUAUUUAUGAAAAAAUUUUUGAUAAGAUAUAUGGUCAUAGGUAUGCACAUAUGUCAGUUUUUAUUGUGAGGUACAAUGCUUUUGUCAACUGAGACUAAGCCUAAGAAGAUUCUCACCUAGAAAAUUGAGGCAAGUGUAUACAACAGUAGUGUGUGUGUGUGUGUGUGGUGUGUGUGUGUGUGUGUGUGUGUGUGUGUGUGUGUGUGUGUGUGUGUGUGUGUGUGUGUGUGUGUGUGUGUGUAUGUGUGUGUGUGUGUGUGUGUGUGUGUGUGUGUGUGUGUGUAAAGCAUAUCUGUUAAUUUCUUGCUCAUAGUUUUCAAAUGAACAGCUUUGAGAAGCAAGAUAAAGGUGGAAAAUUAUCAUUGCUAUCAUUAUUUAUCAACACUCGGUUGGGUAGAGGAUCAGAAAGGCGCUGUAUUUAAUUUAUUUUUUACCUAUACAUAUAAUAUGUAUUGUGCGUUUAUAUAGGGAUUAUUUAUUUGUGCAAUUUACCUCAACGGAAAUCUCUAUUUUCUUACUCCCACCAGUACAAAUAUUUAUUUUGAAGUCUCUUUGCUUCUGUUAUGUAUUAUUGUUCCCACCUCUGCCUGUAGGACCAAGUUGUCUUCUCUCUCUCUCUCUCUCUCUCUCUCUCUCUCUCUCUCUCUCUCUCUCUCUCUCUCUCUCUCUCUCUCUCUCUCUCUCUCUCUCUCUCUCUCUCUCUCUCUCUCUCUCUCUCUCUCUCUCUCUCUCUCUCUCUCUCUCUCUCUCUCUCUCUCUCUCUCUCUCUCUCAGGAUUUUACUUUUCAGUAACUAUAAAUCCCUUUUGGGUUAGAAACAGUAGCCAUCUUUUAGUUUUCAAGUAAAAAUAUAAUUUUCUAUAAAAUUCAUAAUCUUAUUGGAAGCUUUUGAAGGGAAGAGCAUUUAUACCCAUCCUGAUUUUUUAUCUUGUGUUUCCUUCUUUCUUAUUGAUAAGUCAUCCAAUGCCACUUGUUUUCUAUCAUGUAAUGAAAUGUACCAGAAUCUCCACACUCUACUAGUUCUUCUGCAUAUUGUAUUUAUUUAGUAAUUCAUCCAGGAAUCUUGAACAUGUUUUUGUGCUAUGCUCCAACUAUUCCACCUUGCUUUGGUAAAGUGGUGAAGCUGAAUGCAUCAAACCCACCAUAUGGAAUCCAAUAGAUAAAUGUGCACGCAACAUAAUCUUUGAUACAAAUAAAAUAUAUGUGCAGUUCUCCCAAACUAGUGAUGUCAUAUUUUACAAAAUAUUUUGGACAAAAUAAAAGGCAGUAUCACACAAAUGCCUCCACCUCUAA